AUGGCAAGUAAGGUAGCACGUGUAAGGAAAAAGGAAGUUGUAAAAGUUGUACAUGGUGCUCUACUCAAAACUAAUAUCAAAGCCACCAUAAUGGCGUCCGCUGCUCCUCGUUGGGUCCGGCAAGCUUGGUCAGCGGUGCUCGGUCCUGAACGCGUACCACUUCCUACACGCAUUUCAAUAAAACCUGAUCGAACAUACGACUUAGGAGAUUUGUACACCAACAACCUCAUGGCUGUGAACUCGGCAGGAAUGAUCUCCGUGAAACAUGUUUAUGAAAUAGCAAAAGGUCAAGUCGAGGGACAAAGUUUUACAAGGAGUACCUCUGGAGUGCAAUUGCGCCUCAGAGCCGGCGUUAGUGCAGUUGUGAGGAAGGAUGGGAAGGCAUGCACAACUAAGCCUGUUUUUCUGCCAUUUCUCAAAGAGACUGUGACUUACACCCUCCAGGAAGCUCAACCAUAG